UUUUCCUCUCAGUUGGAUCAAUACUCAACCGAGUUGCCUCGCUGUUCUCUUAUGUAGUCUAUUGAUGGGACUAUCAGCAUCUACACCAUGCGGGAAAACAUCGAUAAAUCGCGCGGUCUAGUGGAAGUUCACAAAAUAAAAACUUAAAUGUAAUCUACAGCUGUGUUCUUUUUAGUGAGAUGUUUAGUAUUAUCGGAAAGCCACCAAAAUGACGACCGGUUUCAGGUGCAUUUGUUCAGAAAGUGAAGUGGUGAAAAAAUCAAUUUGAAAUAAAAGUUUUGGCUUACAAUUUUUGGCGCAGUGCGAAGUGUUUUUUGAAACCAAGCCAAUAUCGAUCGUCUUUGACAGACAGGCAGUGUGGGUGGGAGUGGCGUAGAUUUGAUGAGGUGACUUCAUUGAGGGGCGGCAAAAUGGUCUCACUGUCGGAAGAGUCCAGUGGUACACAAAGGAAAACAAAAUUUUUGCCGCAGUUUGUACGUCGGCUGGGAAUCGGUAGAAACAAGCCCUCCACUAAAAGCACGCCUGAUUCUGAAGACGAAAUUUGCCUAAGGAAAAAAAUGGUGUCGUUCGAUUGCAAUGAUGCGGAUUGUACGAAUGGCAACGAGAUGGGGUCGUUGAAUGAUGAUCGACCGUCUAGCUUGCCAUUGAUAGUAAAAUACAAUGCUGAUGCGGCCCAUAGGACUGCUGGAAGAGAUGAAAAAGCGAUGAGUUUUGGUUACGAAUCAAGCGUACGAUUGUCGUCAAUACUAAAACCUGGGUGUCAGGUGAAUGGAAUUGAUGAGCGGGAAGCGACAAAUAAAACAAAACCAAACGGUCGGAUGUUAGAAGAGUGUAGUUCUGGCAAUGAGUCCUCCUCAUCGCCAUUCAAACGGGGUUCCUCGUUCCGCCAAAGCCUCAACUAUCUUUUUAAACGGAAUAAAUAUAAAGUGAAGGAUCGCUCGUGCACAAGUGAUAGUGAUUCUAAUGUGGUUCUUGAGUUAGAUGAAGAAAGCAUUGGUUCUAAGCCGUGUGAGCCAAUGUUGGAUGCCUUUCUGCCGGAUAAAGUGCCUAGCAAACGUGCCAGUACGGGAGAUAUUUUCGAUGACAUUGUAAUCCAACUAAACGAUGACUUUGGGGUUAAAAAUAGAAAUAAACAUCACCGUCGAAUGCAUUCAGAUUCGCUGUAUAUUAUAAAUGGCAUCAUGUCAACGAAAGAUGGGAGUUGCGAUAGAUCUACAAGUAGCGUAGGUUUAGGACUUCGUACGCUUCCCCUUUCGUCAACCAUAGAACCGCUGACUUCCGAUGUUCAUAGCCAAAAUAGUAGUCAACUGUCACGUAGUCCGAGUCAUAACACCUCUGUGAAAAGUGAUCAAAAAUCUCUGAAAUCUCUAACGUCUUCUCCACUAUCGGUAUCAUCAAACAUAAGAAGUUCCAGCCCUUAUACACUAAAAUCAACCACCAGAAAUGAUGGACUCGAAAAACACGAAAAAACCGAGAAAGAGAAAAAGAAGAAGGAGUUUAACAGCUCGCGACAGAAAAAGUUCUCUCGGCAUUUCAUCCAGGUGGAGGACGAAAAGGUGUUGAAUUAUUUUUCCUGUGCUCUAGUAAGCGACAUCCUACUGCAAGGCCACCUUUACAUUACUCAAAAUUAUUUUGCAUUUUACUCCAAUGUGUUUGGCUACGUUACCAAGCUUUUGAUACCCACUGUUUCCGUGAUUAAGAUUUCCAAGGAGAAAACAGCGAAAAUGUUUCCAAAUGCAGUGGGUGUGCAGACAUGUGAUGAUCGACACGUGUUUGGUAGCUUUAUGAGUCGCGAGGCCGCCUACCGGUUAAUGUGCAGUGUAUGGCGCCCGGUGGCACCGCCGGAAAUAGAAGAACCAAUCGCACAGAAGGCACCAGACGUUGAAGUAUCCGAAGGUUCGGCGGAGGAUGACAGUAGCUGCUCAAUUAGUGGUAAUGAAAGUUCUUCCCAUGUGAAAGAUAAAAAGUCUGACGUAGUCGAUUCGGGUGACUCUAUUAAUGAUAAGCUUACAGUAAUAGAUGGCACUAAGCGAUUCUCAGACGCUACAAAAAGUAUUAAAUCAGUGCAAAUUAUCAAAUCGCCGGUGGCAUUAAUAGCAUCUGCAGCAAUUUUGAAGACAGCGGGUAGCACUCUCAGAGAGACCCCUCGGCUUAGUGAUAACUCCCAUCAAAGUAGUAGUAAUAUUAGUAAUGGAAACCCUAGCAUGCUAACGAGACUUAGGACUAGGAUACAACAAAUCUUUCCCUCCGAUUUUGGUGUUAUACAUGUAGGAAUAAUUUUAGCAAUAGUUCUAGCACUGUUCUCCUGUUUUCUCAUGUACAAAAUACAAUACCUACAGUCACGCAUCUAUAAUUUGAACAACUUCCGAUGGGGAGAUGAUGAUAAUAUGGAUGUAUAUGCAGAAGUGCUGAAGUGGCAGAAACAAAUGCAGGAUAAAAGCAAAGAAGAGGCUCAUAUAGUUCUUAACUCCAAUCUAGAACAGAUUGCAAAGGUUCGUAAGAGUUUGGAAACCUUAUCCAUACUUUUACAUGAUUCUACUAAGCGGUACGGUAUAACGGUAGGCGGUUCGGAUUCUAGCGACUCAUCAUUGGCGGCCGACAGUACGGUUCUGGAAACGGCUUCGGAGUAUGUGACGUAGCGAGUAUCUUGUUUAGAUUGUAGGCUUUUGGUAGAAAGUAGAUUUUCUUGUUUUAUUUAUAAAAUCUUGUAUAUUGUCGUGAUAUUUGUGAUAGAUGAUUUUAAGUAUUUAUUUGUGAAGGUACAUUGCAUUUAAACAUAACACUGUAGAACAAAAAGUUACAAAACAAGAAACAUGCGCUGGUUCGGUCACUUAUUGACAGCAGAAAAAAAGUUAACAGGCAUAUAAAAGACAGUCGAUAGAUAAAUGUGAGCCAGCAAAAGGGUAGUUAGUCUGUUUCUUUUUAAAUCUAUUCUUUUGUGGGACAAAAUAAUAUGCAAAUUUUGAUUUGAAUUACUGAUCAUGAUGAUUGUUUUCCUGUACGAUACUCCUGAAGUAACAAAAGAAAUAUAAAUCAAACUAGUCAUAAGAAAACAUUAUCUUGAUCUAGGUCAAAGGGUCAGUUGUAGGAUAUAGGAUGUGGGCUUGAUGUUUUCAAUAAAAUAAAUUCACGUUAUCACAGAUCAAAAA